AUUGUUGUCCAGCUGCGGUUGCAGCGACAGCUGCUACCUAGACAGGGUUGAAUAUGACUUCCUUGUUGUAGAAGUACUUAGCUCUGGCCCAGCUGCAAGUUGUACUCAUCUUCACUAGAAUGCAGGUCACCAACGGCGCCAUGAGCUCAUGACAGCCUCCCCACCGUCCUCUCCCUCGACAAGAAAGAGCAUGUCGCAGCUGGCAGCAUCAACUACCAGCCGACCAGCCACCGCGGCCGCCGCCGCCGGUAACAAGGACUACAGCACCACCUCCAGGUCGUCGAGAAAAAUGACGGCCAGCGUGCCCAACAUCACCACCAUCGCAGCUGCGGCUACAAGCUCUUCCUCUCCGAAGAUGCGAUUUCUCUCGAAACUCUUCAUCGAGCUACCAUUUGUGCUCGCUGUGUCCCUUCUCGCAUCGGAGUACUUGUUCCCCGAAGCAUUCCUUUCGGUUUCCGUCGGCUACCUCGCCUUCACGUGUCCGGACCUGUUUUCUUCUUCUAGCACCACAAGAACAUCACGAGUUUUACCGAAAUACCAGCUGUACGAGCUCGACUUCCAUUCCAUCGCAGUGUCCAGGAUCUGCAUCGGCCUGACUCUACUCUGGAUCUGGACCAGAGAACUUUCCGCCUACGACACCUACGCGUUCCUCACCGACCGGGGCGUCUGGCCGCGGCAAGGAGCGGUGGCGCAUUCUCUGAACGGGCUACCGCAGCCACUUCUUGUUCUCGGCGGGAAUUGGUUUGUGCAGCUGUUCAUCCGACUUCCAUCUUUGGUGUUUUCGGGUUGUUUAAUCCUCGGCUACAAACCACAGAUCUCGGCUUUGGUCUUGCACAUCCUCUGGGCUGGUGUGACGGCGCGGAACACCAAUUUCGUCACCAGCUUCGACAUCCAGCUGCGGACGUAUCUGAUGUAUUUAGCCGCGUUUCCUGCCGGAGCAGUGUGGAGCUUGGAUAGUGCAUUGAAGCGGCACAGGGCCAGUUUAGCGGAAAAGCGAAGAAAGAUCAGCGACCUGAGCAAUCUAGCCGAUCUGUAUUUGGAGGAAGAAAGAGAGAUGAAUAGCAGUGGGAACAAGACGAGGAACAAGAAAGGCGAUAGUAAUAGCAGCAGUGGUCGUGUACAACUAACAACAACUUCUCAAACGACGACGAAAGCGAGCUCGAGCAAAAAGCAAAAGGACAAAAAGUCCGCUUCUUCCUCCUCCUCCGAAGCGGAUGAGUCUACCGGUGCGAGUAAGGAGUUGGAGAGCUUCAUCGAGAAGUGUCAGCAAAAUUUGAAGCCGGAGAAGCCACAAUCUGUUUUGGAAUUCGUGACAACUUUCUACCGAACAGGAAAGGCGAGUAACUGGAGAACGGCUUUUUUAGAAGCGGUCUGCACAAUAGAGGAUGUUGUUUCCGAGGGGUUUUUCGGCGAGGCGCAGUGGACAGCAGGAGAAACACCUUCUGGUUCUGCGACAGCUGUGAACAAUAAAUCUGUACUGCAGGAGGAGGAGGAGGACGCAAGAUCAAGAACCUACACCAGCUGGGCUUCGUUCGCGCUCUACAUUCAGACUUGGCUUCUGUAUCCUGUGCAAAAGUUCUUGUGUCGCAGAAUCAUGAAACUGAUCGCAAGCAUGAUGCAAUGCAUGAGAAAGCAGCCGGGCGAAAAAUUGAAUGAAAAACAGGAGCGAACGGCCAUCCCUCCACACGGCUUCGGGCACGGAUGGUAGGUGACUGUCCGUGUGGAGGGAUGGACUGUCCGCUCCUGUUUCGAGAAUGGGGCAGAAAAAGUUUUCUUCAUACUAAAAUUUCUGAAAAAAGCUGCCUUGCAGAAGUGAACCUGAAAAAGGAGCGAAUUGCCAUCCCUCCACACGGCUUCGGGUACGGAUGGUAGGUGACUGUCCGUGUGGAGGGAUAGACUGUCCGCUCCUGUUUCGAGAAUGAGAAAGAAAAAAUUUUCUUUUACCAAAAUUGGUGCAAAAAGCUGCCUUGCAGAAGUGAACUUGAAACAGGAGCGAAUGGCCAUUCACCAACACGGCUUCGGGCACGGAUGGUAGGUGACUAUCCGUGUGGAGGGAUGGACUGUCCGCUCCUGAUUCGAGAACGGGACUGAAAAAGAUUCUCUUCCACUAAAAUUUCUGCAAAAAGCUGUCUUGCAGAAGUGAACUUGAUUCAGGAGCGAAUGGCCAUCCCUCCACACGGCUUCGGGCACGGAUGGUAGGUGACUGUCCGUGUGGAGGGAUGAGUUUUCCGCUCCUGUUUCGAGAAUGGGACAGAAAAAAUUUCCUGUUACGAAAAGUUCUGCAAAAAGCUGCCUUGGCGAAGUGAACUUGAAACAGGAGCGAAUGGUCAUCCCUCCACACGGGUUUGGGCACGGAUGGUAGCUGACUGUCCGUGUGGAGGGAUGGAUUGUCCGCUCCUAUUUCGAGAAUGAGACAGAAAAAAUUUUCUUUCACUAAAAUUUCUGCAGAAAGCUGCGUUGCAGAUUCGAACUUGAAACAGGGGCGAAUGGCCACCCUUCCACACGGCUCCGGGCACGGAUGGUAGGUGACUGUCCGUGUGGAGGGAUGGAUUGUCCGCUCCUGUUUCGAGAGUGGGACAGUAAAAAUUUUCUUCUACUAUAAAUUUCUGAAAAAAGCUGCAUUGCAGAAGUGAACUUGAAACAGGGGCGAAUGGCCAUCCCUCCACACGCCUUCGGGCACGGAUGGUAGGCGACUGUACGUGUGGAGGGAUGGAUUGUCCGCUCCUGUUUCGAGAAUGGGACAGAAAAAGACUCUCUUCUACAAAAAUUUCUGAAAAAAGCUGCCUUGCAGAAGUGAACUUGAAACAGGAGCGAAUGGCCAUCCCUCCACACGGCUUCGGGCACGGAUGGUAGGUGAUUGUCCGUGUGGAGGGAUGGAUUGUCCGCUCCUGUUUCGAGAAUGGGUUAGAAAAAAUUCUCUGUUACUAAAAUUUCUGAAAAAAGCUGCCUUGCAGAAUCGAACUUGAAACAGGAGCGAGUGGCCAUCCCUCCACACGGCGUCCGGCACGGAUGGUAGGUGACUGUCCUUGUGGAGGGAUGGACUUUGCGCUCCUGUUUCGAGAAUGGGACAGAAAAAAUUUUCUUCUACUAUAAAUUUCUGAAAAAAGCUGCCUUGCAGAAGUGAACGUGAAACAGGACGGAAUGGCCAUCCCUCCACACGGCUUCGGGCACGAAUGGUAGGUGAUUGUCCGUGUGGAGGGAUGGAUUGUCCGCUCCUGUUUCGAGAAUGGGACUGAAAAAGAUUCGCUUCUACAAAAAUUUCUGCAAAAAGCUGCAUUCAAGAAGUGAACUUGAAACAGGAGCGAAUGGCCAUCCCUCCACACGGCUUCGACCACGGGUGGUAGGUGACUGUCCGUGUGGAGGGAUGGAAUGUCCGCUCCUGUUCAGAGAACGGGACAGAAAAGAUUCUCUUCUACUAUAAAUUUCUGCAAAGAGCUGCCUUGCAGAAGUGAACUUGAAACAGGAGCGAAUGGCCAUCCCUCCACACAGCUUCGGGCACGGGUGGUAGGUGACUGUCCGUGUGGAGGGAUGGAUUGUUCGCUCCUGUUUCGAGAACGGGACAGAAAAGAUUUUCUUCUACAAAAAUUUCUGCAAAAAGCUGCCUUGCAGAAGUGAACUUAAAACAGGAGCGAACGGCCAUCCCUCCACACGGCUUCGGGCACUGAUGGUCGGACGCAGCUAUGCAGGAGGGAUGGGCAAAUCGCUGGAGUUUCAGCGAAUUGCAAACUAUAUCAGAAGAAUACAAAAGAACUGCUCCCAAAACAAGUAGAGUUUUCUGCAAAUAAAGAUCUUUGCACAGGACAAACUCUACUUUUUCACCAUGUGGUUUAAAACGGACAUCACCUGGAAGUGGAAAGACGGCUCCGCCCCCCUCCUCGCCGCACAAGUCCCGUAUUUCAAGUAUUCCUACACGGACUACCUUUUGGAUUCCAACCUCGUCGUCUACUUGUUAAAACUAUGCAUUGCAAAAGUAUCGUACUAGAACUAGUAUGAAUUGCAUUACAAAUUUCCUCCGCAUGAGAAAUGGAAUUUGUAAUGCUGAUUGACCUUAGGAAAAAAAUUUGUAAUGCAUAACUGCAAUUACUACGAGUGCGAUACUUUUGCACAGGAUAGAAACUGGCUGGCGGCGUGACGAAACCCACGAUGGUCGGCGUUUCCGCUGCGGUUUUUGCCGUCUUGCCUAUCCCGUGCAAAAGUAUCGUACUCGUACGAAUUGCAAACAUGCAUGACAAAUCUUCUUCCUAAGGAAAAACAGCAUUACAAAUUGCAUUUGUCAUGCUGAGCAAAUUUGUAAUGCAAUUUGUACUAGUAUUAAGAUGCUUUUGCAAUGCAUAUUGCCGGUGUUGAAGCAAUUGACCGCUCUCGGGUUUUUCGGGAACGGAAAAUUCCCGAAAUUACUGUUAGCCGGCUGGCACUUCUCCCAGUUUCUCGGCGUUUUGAUUUUGAUGUCGUUCCACGCGGGAAUUUGUGUUUUGAUUGACCUUGGGUCAUAUGCUGUCGUGCAAAAGUAACGUACUAGUAUAAAUUGCAUUACAAAUUUUUGCAAGAAGAAAAGUGGAAUUUGUAAUGCUGUUUUAACUUAGGAGAGAGAUUUGUCAUGCAUAUUUGCAACUAGUACGAGUACGAUACUUUUGCACAGCAUAGGUCAGUCACUCUGAUCAACAUGUCGGUGUUGGUCGUGUUUCUGCCGAACGGGUACGCAAAGAUGAUUAUCUUGUGCAAGUAUCGUACUCGUAUUGCAGUCAUGCAUUACAAAUCUUGUUCUUGAAGCAAAUCCGCAUUACAAAUGUUUUUCUCACGCUGAGGAAAUUUGUAAAUGCAUUUAUACGAGUACGAUACUUUUGCAGUUCAUAACAAUUGCGGACGUUUUGGCUGGAACGGCUUGUCGUGCGACGAGACUGUCGUGUUGCGGCAAGAAAGAUAAGAGGUCAACUUCAACAUCAUCUAGUACGCGAAAAAAGAUCAGCAGAAUAGAAACUGAACCGGCGAACGGUGCGAGGACGAAAACAGCUUCAAGAACAUCUUCGUCAACGUCUGAAGCUGCCUCUGACAACCACUUCCACGGUCGUGCAGUUGACGCAAUAGGACCUUCUAUUGUUCCGACCCCUAUCCCCUUCCUCACCCGCCUUUCCGCUCUGUUCUGGUCCUUCGUCGUCGUUUUCCUAAUUUGCUGGAUCAACGGCCACGUCUUGUACGAUUGCAGUCCGCUGGCGCACUCUGCGUCUUUCUGCUCCGACGAACAGGAGGGGAACAAAACCGAACUUGGGAAAAGAAUCACGUUGAGUAAGAAAGCGCUGGAAUUAAAUGUUUACCAAGCAUUGAACUUCCAGCAAAACUGGAAAGUCUUUUCCCCACGCCCCGAGACCGAACCCUGUUGGAUCAUCGCGCCGGGAAUUUUAAAGAAGGAUGUCGAUAAUUUUCAGAAGUGGAAGACGGUAUUGGAAGCGACAAGGUUUGGAAGCGGCAUGAGGUCUUUCAACGUCAGCGACAAGGUUUUGACCAACAGCUCCCAGCUCUUGGUUUUGAAGGAGUUUUUCAAGACUUACAACUACUCGGAUAUCUCCCCUGCGGUCUACGCCGGAGUAGAAUCGUCCGAGGAGGUACAAUAUCCUGUGCAAAUGUGCCUAGGGGGUAGGAAAAUCCAAAAUUCUUAGGCUGAUAAAAAUACAGCUUUUUUCACAUUUCUGACGUUUUUGCUGCGAAAAAAGUGCGCAGCUUGUGCUCAUCUGCGCACUCCGAAUGUGUGUGCUGUGUCGCACUUUUUGACACGACUUUCGCGCGCACGCGUUCCGGGUUAGUUUGCCGUCGACGAAUAUUAAGGGCGAUCACGCAGAUGCAUCAGGAGGUCGUGGCUUCUGGUGCUGGUGCGCCGAGCCCACCUGCAACUGUUGCGCAAAACGUUCCAAAGCCCCGCCGUUCGUGCCAUGUAGUUGUCAACUGCCAAGAUUUCUCUGUUUGGAAACUGUAAAAGCUUGUACCUGUCGACUCGAGAAGUGCAAGCUUCUGCAGUUUGCAUGACAAUAUCUAUUCUAUUGUCUAUUUACAGUUUGCAUGACAAAUGCAAACUUUACAGUUUGCAUGAUUUCCAGCAAACCGACUUUCGAGCUUCAGAAGCAAGCUGUAACGCCUUCGAACAAGCUCUCUUUGUAUUUCGAGUGAUAUCACUCGAAAUACAAAGAAAGCUUGUUCGAAGGCGUUUGCAGUUUGCUUCUGAAGCUCGAAGUUUUUAUCAGGAUAUCUCCCCUGCGGUCUACGGCGGAGUAGAAGCGGGCCGCGGGAUAGAAGUACCAGGUGCAAGUGCGAGUAGAACCUCCGACACGACUACCAAUAUUACAACAUCUUCUACUGCCGUUUUCGCAGAACAUCGAUCCAACAGCGACAAGUUAAUCCCGUGGCUAUUCGACAAGAAGCAAUCAGCCUUCCCAUCUGUCGAUGUCAUGUCCGUGAUUUUUCCCAAUGGUAUCUACGCGAAGUGGAAUUUGGACUUCAACGAACCAGCCCUGAUUCCGAAACUGUACCAAGACAACACCCACCCCAGGUCCGUCCCCAGCGCCCGGUGGGGAAAAUUUUUGACCAAUCUCCAGUACGGCUGGAAAAACGACAACCAGAAGGAGGAGAAGACGAACAUGAGGCUGUGGUUUGGGAGGUUUGUCUGCCGGGAGUGGAAUUUGUACAACGGGGAGAGAGGGGAGGAUAAAUUAGUCGCGUUUCGGAUAUUGACCAUGUUGAAGUCGAAUGAAAAGUGGAAUUACGGGUGGAAUUCGAAUAAGCAGAACGCGACGUAUCGAAACAUCACGCUGUGGAAUCACGUCUGCUAGAGUUAUGGUGUUUGGGGGCAGGUGUUGGGAAGUGUGAUGGCACGGUUGUUGUGGAGAUGAAUUACGGGAUGAAUUAUCCGACGGCUACUUUUAGCGGUCUUUCAGAACUGUACUUUACUUUCUAGUCGUUUCGAGUUGUGCUUCUGACUAUGUUUCCGGAUGGACCAUGUAUCAUGUUUCGGAGGAUUUGAAGGACUUUUUCAAUCACACAAUGCGCUGCUGUCCUCGAUGUGGAGCUCGUCAAAUUUGUACGUUUCCUAGAACUUUUACUUUUUUGCGCAAGAGGACGAAAAGCACGGAAUUGCACCAGGAGUGCUCGUCCCAUG